CCACUGAAACACACACAGACACACAGAAAGCGGGAGAGGUAUUUAAAACUUUUUGAGAUCUGUCACAGGCUUUGUCAUCCAGAAAACCGCGGCGUUCGUCGCACGAUUAAUUACCAUAGAGACAGACGAGUUUGCUCUGGUCGUUUCUUUAAUCGGCCGAAGGAAACGUUACGCCGUGAAUCCCUAAGUUUUCUUCAGCAUUACUGAAGAUUCGCUGAGUCGGUGGGUUACCAUUCAAGAAGACACCCUGCUGGUACUCUUUCUGCCGCGCCUGGCUUCGGGAAAGCGCUCUGUUCCAGCCAUGUGGCUAACGGCACACAUAAGACCCUCCACCAUCCUGUUUUUGACCCUCAGCAGCUUGGCCUCUGCAGGUCCAUUGUCUCGGAGCCCUUGUGAACUACUGCCAGUUGGAGUGGGUCACCCGGUUCAGGCCAUGUUAAAGAGUUUCACCGCCCUAUCAGGCUGCGCCAGCCGAGGAACCACCAGCCUUCCUCAGGAGGUGCACAUCGUCAACCUACGAAGAGGCAAUGCACAAGGAGACAGAGACAAACCAGCCGAGGUGGCGUUACAUCUGCGGCCCAUCCAGUCCCUGCCUGUGCACCAGAAACCGCUGGUCUUCGUCCUGAACUCCCCUCAGCCCGUCUUCUGGAAGCUUCGGACAGAGAAACUGGCCUCAGGAGUCAAACGCAUCUUCCAUGUUGCAGAGGGAUCUGAAGUGCACUUUGAGAGAGGUAAUUUCUCUGAAUCGUGUGAGGUGAAGGUGGAAGAUCUUCCUCAUGGCAAUGAGCACCUGCUUUCUUGGGCCCAUCAACUAUAUCGUGCAAUUACCUCCUUCAGCGAGCUCAAGAUGGCCCAUGACAUCUACAUCAAGGUUGGAGAGGACCCAGUCUUUUCAGAGACAUGUAAGAUCGAUAACAAGUUCCUGUCUCUAAACUACCUGGCAAGCUACAUCCAGCCCCAGCCAUCCACAGGGUGUGUUCUCUCAGGUCCUGAUCAUGACCAGGAGGUCCACAUCAUUGAGCUCCAGGCACCAAACUCCAGCAGUGCGUUCCAGGUGGAUGUGAUUGUGGAUUUAAGGCCGCUGGAUGGUGACGCCCCGCUCCAUCGUGACGUUGUGUUACUUCUGAAAUGUGAGAAGUCAGUGAAUUGGGUUAUCAAAGCCCACAGCGUAAUCGGCAAACUGGACAUUGUGACGUCAGAUACCGUCAGCCUGAGUGAAGACACAGAAAGGCUGAUGCAGGUGUCAAAGACGGUGAAACAGAAGCUGCCCGCAGGAUCUCAGGCUCUCAUCCAGUGGGCAGAGGAAAAUGAUUUCCAACCCGUCACUUCCUACACCAACACCCCUGUUGCCAACCACUUCAAAUUGCGCCUCAGAGAACAAGAUCAAGGGGUCAUGGAUGAGGGAAUGUUUCCGCCGGAGUUGUCAAUUCUUCGCAAUGCCAACCCACUCCCUAAGCCCAGCGCCCGGGAUUUGCCCGCGCGGAAUAGGUUCCCUUUCCCAUUCCUGCCAUCCUCGGACCAGGGCCUGUCAUUCCCGUCUCCUCCUCUGGAGGAGCGUGAUCAUCAGGCUGGGGGUCCCGAGGAGCAGCAGGGGGCUUCAAAUGUAGGAUUUAGUGUGCAGUGCGAGAAGAACAAAAUGGUGGUCAGCAUCGACAAGGAAACUCUACAGGCCAAUGGGUUUGGAAAACCCAAUAUCACUCUUCAGGACUCCCAAUGCAAAGCAACCUCCAACACCACCCAUUACAUACUGGAGACGCCCCUGUCAGGCUGCCAAACCACCAAAAUUCCCUCCCACCCCAGCCCAGUGGUCCUCUAUAUCAAUUCAAUUGUUAUUAGCCAAUCAGAACAGAAGGAUGGAAGCGGCUGGCCCUUUGAAUAUGAAGAUCUGGAGUCAGGGGAUGUCGUAGUCCCGGGAGAUCCGGAUGUGACGGAAAGAAUUUUACCAGAAAACGGACGUCAUGCGAGUAUCUUGUUUAACUGCACAUAUCGUAGAAAUCAGGACACACCAGCUGACAGUGAUAUCGGCUCUGAGGAUUUCAUUGUAGACUCCAUUGUGAAAAAUGUUACCUUCAACAUGGAACUGUAUAACAAUCCGUUUCACUACCCGAGCUCUCAGUCAUUCCUCACCAUCACUGAGAACAGGCCCGUCUAUGUCGAGAUUUCAGCCACAAAAGCCGAUCCUAACCUUGGGUUCAUGAUCCAGAACUGCUUCAUAUCUCCAGACUCCAAUCAUGUUACCCUGUCGGACUAUAUUGUCAUAGAGAAUAUAUGUCCUAAUGAUGACUCCGUGCGCUAUUACCCUCAGCGAAGUGAUUUCCCCAUCCCUCACGCUCAGAUGGACAGAAAACGCUUCAGUUUCACCUACAGAUCAAAGUUCGAUGUAUCAUUGAUCUUCCUGCACUGUGAGAUGUCCCUCUGCACCAGAAGAUAUGAAAAGGAGAUGGACCUGCCAGAGUGUAUGUUACCAGAUGAAGCCUGCUCUUCCCUUAGUUUGGAAAACAUCCUCCUCAUGAUGAGGAACACCAAGACCAUCACCAAGCCAAUUGUGGUCAUCUCCGACAACACACCUGUCACUAGUAAUGUACCCAUGGAGCCACCUGGUCCACGACAUCCAGGCGUUAUAUAUUUCUUGGACACCCCGACUGUGGUGGGCAUCGCUUUUGCCGCCUUUGUGAUCGGAGCCCUUCUGACUGGAGCUUUAUGGUUCAUCUACUCGCAUACAGGAGGCACCAGACCAAAGCAGCAGGUGGCAAAGUCCCAGCCGGUGUCUGAGAACAGCAGCGCGGCUCACAGCAUCGGCAGCACACAGAGCACGCCGUGUUCAAGCAGCAGUAACGCAUAGAUGCUUCCAUCGGCGUUAUGCUUUUUACAUUUCUGGAAGAAUGAGCGUUUUCGUAGCAUAACCUGAGGCCUUAUUAUUUUCAUUAUUUGAAACCGAAAAGUUUAGGCUGAAUAUCCGACUGGAUGAAAAAAAGCUAUGUUUAGAGGUGAGGGAAAUAACCAAAUCAAGAUCCCAAGAGCUUUUUUUUCUCGAACCCCACAAGAGAGUGUUGUUUUUGCCUUAUAUGGCUGUAUGGAGAUCAGUUUGAAAACAACAAAGGCCGUUUACGCCAGUCAUUAUGGCAUGAAGGAGGUCUAGAAGAACAGUUAGUGCUCUGCAAGGUUCACCCAAACAAAGAUCAGUGCCUUGCCAAAUCAAUCCUAUUUUAGAAAUCUGACCAGAAUAAUCUAUAAUAAAUAGGCCAAUAUCAAUCUAAACUAUUCAGUAUCUGUUUUUUUAAAGAACCCAAAUGCCAAUCAUUUAAUUCUGUGUAACAGUACAGUGUAUAGAACUCUUUAUUCUCUGACUGGUCUUCGAGAUUCAGAUGCCAUGAGUGAUUAGUGUAAAAGCUUUUAUCAGAGGCAUUGUAUAGGACGGAAAUAUUGUAAAAUAAUGUAUAUUCUGUGAAUAUUGUAUGAAAUGCAUAGAUUUAAAGUGGAAAUAACUUCAUAAAAAGCUUUAACUAAAACCAAAUAUUUAUCAGAAGAUUGUACACCAUUUAGAAGAUCAUUUUAAUCAUAAAGGCAAAUAUGAAUGAAUUUACAGAUAUACAUGCACAAGCGCUUUCCCAGAAUUGGUCUUUUAAAAGAUAGUCGAAAAAAAUAUAUAGAGAUAGUAGAUUCUAGCGGUCUAGUAGUUUUUUCCUCCCAAAUUCUGAUGUACAGAUAAUCACAGAUUAUUAUAAUAAUAAGCGUUUUAUGACUCAAAACGGACUUUUAGAUUUUAUAGAAUGUGAUUUAUAAAUGCUGGGCAUUAUUAUUCAACAUUAGUAUAAAAGAGUAAUGAUUUCAGUAAACGGCAGACUGUAAUUUUGAUAUUUUUUCGUUAAAUUUAAAAAUCAAAAUGAGCAUUUGUUGAGAAGGAUUUGAUGUGCAUAGUCACAAAAGAUGUACAUAAUCUGAUGCCAAAGAAUGGGCAUUUACUUCCCGGUCUUUUAGCGUUGCAGCAACCCCUGCAGUGUGUACGUUUAGGUGCAAACCUACCACUAAAGUGAACGCAAAACCAACUUUUCUCUAAAAAUCGAUCAUUUCUGCUGUGUAUGUGAAGUUAACAAUUUGGGAUUUUGUGUAGAUCAUGCAUACAGAUAUACUUGUGAAGUGCAAGAAAUGUAUGAAUGCAAAGCCAGAGCAAUCCCACCGUCAAAACUUUACAUGAAUGUCAUAACAUUAUAAGUGCCUUACCUUUGAGUGCAUGCAUUAUUAGAUCAAAUGAGGCAAGAAGGGAAGUGGUGUUUGCUUUGCUUUAAGCACAGUAUAUACCCACCGAUGUGAAAACCUGCCAAAUCUGCGCAUCUAGGAGUUUUAGUAUCUAUUGUUGCUUUUUUUGUUUGUGCGUUGCUGUACCUAUAGAAUGUACUUUAUUUCAAACCUUCAUUGUAAACUUGUAUAAAUGUCUCCUGUAAGAGGAAAGAGAGAAAGAAUUUAAACUUUAAUUUGUGUAUAAAGUUAUAUUUUUCUAGAGAUAUAUAUAUAUGCAUAGAGCCACCCUAUAAUUCUAUCUGCAUACUGUGAAUUUUUGUGGGCAUAUUUCUAUAAAAUGUCACGUGUUUUCUCUAAAUCAAAACAUAGUCCAUAAUGCUGAAGUGAGCUGCAUUCCCUGCAAAUCACAUAUAUUUUCCUGAUAUAAUCAUAUAAAAUAAUAGAUAUAUAUAUAUAUAUAUAGAUAUAUAUUUUUUACAACAUUUCAUCUUUUAUAUGAGAACACUAUAAUAUUUGGAAUAUAAAAAAUCUAUUUUGAUGUUGCAGAUGUUUUUAUCUCUCUUGUAAGCUCUUCAACAUUUAAGUAUCUGUUAAGUGUGUGUUCGAUCACACCGUAAGCUCUGUGUAUCCAUGUUUGUGGGUUUAAAUGGAUGAGUAUGCUCCUAGUCCUCGUCUUGUGUCUUUUGGGAAUGUUUAAAACGAUGCUGUCACGUCUAACAGAGUUUGAAUCUCUGCUAGAUUUAAUCAAGAGUCAUUUAAUGGCUGUAGAGUUAAAGAAGGCCUUAUUGGUUUUAUUUAUCAAAAGACCUUUUUCUCAUUCCAGUAAACGCUCUGUUUCAUGGUAAACUCUCUAUUUGAAAAUGUAAGUGGUUUUCCUGUCUGUCGAGUGAUGAAAUUGAUUGUGCUGUGUUUGUUCGUUAUCUACCUCAUUUGCGUGUCUAUGUGUGUAUAAGGUUUCAUUGUCUUGUCAUCGAGUAUAUUUUACUGUACAUACUGUGUAGAGCUUGAUGUUGCAUAAAAUAUAUCAAAGGUUUUAUCUUAAAGUUUUGACAGUUCACUCUGUAUCGGUCUCUAGACUUUCCGACAUAAGAGGAAAAUCUGAAAGAUGUAAAAGUGAACCUUUCAGAAUUAGACUUCAGAUUAUUCAGACCGUCUUGCUCUGAAACUAUACACUAUUGUGACAAUUUCUGUGUUUUGUUCCUCCAAUGGUAUGUGAAACCGUUUAGUGUAUGUAAAUAAAAUGUGCUGUAAAUAUGCAUGCUAUAUGUAUGCUCUGUAUAUACCAAAUAAAUUCUUGUAAUCUUU